CGCGCGCCUCCGUCCCAACGCGCCCUCGAGGUCGAGGCUCCCGCCCGUUUCCCAGCGCGAUGGCGUCCCUCUGCCGCGCCUCAGUCGUCGCGAGCGCGCCCGUGCGCGCCGCGAACCGCGACCGGCGAACCCGCGCCUCCGCCGUGCCCGCACCCCGCCGACUGAAAAUAUCUGACGAUUCGACGCGUCGCGGGGAUGCGUGCGUGACUCGCGCGACGAAGGAAACGUACGCGUCUUUCGACGACAUGAUCGAGCGAUCGCCCGUGCCCGUGCUCGUGGAUUUCUACGCCACGUGGUGCGGGCCGUGCCAGAUGCUCUCGCGCGACGUCUUGCCCAAAGUCGCGGGGGCCGUGGGCAAGGACAGGGUGAAGCUGGUGAAGAUAAACACGGAAAAAUACCCCAACAUCGCCUCGAAAUACAAGGUGGAGGCGCUCCCGACGAUCAUGCUGUUCAAGGAGGGGAAGGUGGCGGACAGGAUAGAGGGCAUGCCAAACGCGCCGCAGCUCAUCGACAGGCUGCUCUACUUCCUCCAGUAGUUAACGAGCCAACCGUCGUUAACGAGGACUAACCCUUAGCUAGCUAGAUAUAAUACCUCUACAGUACCUCCGGUCCCGCGAA